AUGCAAGAAACCAUUGAUGAUGCGGAUAAACCCAAUAAAGGGGGAAGGGUUCUAAGAAAGGUGAGAAGAAAACUGCUACUAAGGAAGGUCCUUCUGGUGCUGCGCAACCUUCACCUAAAAAGUGAAAGCCAACCAAUUCGCAAUGAGGAGGAAGAACCCAUUCACAAUGAGGAAGUUCAAAAUAAGAAGGUUCGCAAUGAGGAGGGUGACAACACUCAGACUGAAGAACCGAAUCCUAAUCUAGAGGUAACUCAAUCUUUUAAUGAUUAUGUUCCUUCUCCUCCUCCAUCACCUACAACUUUUUCUAUUCCAAUCAUAAUUGCUUCAUGCCCUCCACCUUUUUCUUCAUCAACUCCUUUUCAGAUCAGAACUGAGAGUGAAGAGAAGGUGCACGUUACGAAAGGGCAACUUCAGUCUCUUCAUGAGAAUAUUGAUCAACUGAUUCUCUCAUCAAAGUCUUCAUCUUCUGAUGCAUACGCUAAAGCUGUCAUAGAGUCUCUUUUUGAAAUGCUCAAGAAGGACCAUUCAACCACCAUUGAAGCCUCGAAUAAAGCAGUUGCUGAUUUUUAUGAAAUCUGCAAAUCUACGACCGAAAGACCAAUGAAGCUCUGGAGAGUCUGGAAUCUCUUCAAAACUGAGAAGGCUAAACUGCAUGAGAUUCGUGCUGAUCUGAAAACUGACCAUGAAUAUUUUCAAUCCAAUAUCUCCUCUCAGGUUUCACAACUCAAAGAUACCCUGGCAACAAAGAGUAACCUUAAGGCCUCUCUAUCAGUCAAGAAUGAAGAGGCAAGCGUGUUACGUGCCAAACUGGAAGCUUCAGAGAAAAAUGUCAAUGAUUUCUUAUUUGAAAGGGCUCUCAUGCGAAGCUGCAUUACUGAUGUCACAAGUAUGCUCUCAAAUAUCCUUGAGACCAGGGAUUCGAUGCUCACCAUCUCAGUUCGCAAGUAUCUAUUUGAAAAAGUGAGACCAGUUUUUGCAUUGCUUCACCGGUUAGAAGGUGUUCGGGAAUCUGGCUUCAUUCCGAAACAAGGGGGAGAAGGGAUUUCAAAGAAAACUGAUCCAAAAAUGUCAAGAAACGAGCCUCCCAAAUAUCUAGUUAAACCAAUUGUUAAGAAGGUGUCGGAUUAG